CCCUACUGUGUGUUGUGUGUCAUUCCCCCUUCCUGGGCCACCCGGUCUGGUGGGGGGACCUGGACGAUCUGUGGAGACUACUUGAAAGGGCAUCUCAGAUAGAGGAACAGCACGUGCAAAGGCAGGGAGAGUGCACCGGAGGUUUGCGCCUAAGCCCUGUAGGGGAGGAGGGCCAGGCAGCCUGCAUCCACUGUUGGGCUGGGAACAAGAAGCAGUGGCUGCCCAUGGAAGAGGCCUGCAGGUCCUGAAGGUAGCUCCAGCUGGGAUGGUGAUGGAAGCUCCAGCAUUUCUAAGGGCUGUGGGGGGUCGAGCCCCACCGGGGGCACCCUAACCUCCCAUAGCCCACCAUCUGUGCGCCUGCCUCCUGCCCAUCCGAGGGCCACUCGCCAUGGGCGGCUGCUUCUCCAAACCUAAGCCAGUGGAGCUCAAGAUCGAGGUGGUGCUGCCUGAGAAAGAACGGGGCAAGGAGGAGCUGUCAGCCAGCGGGAAGGGCAGCCCCCGGGCCUACCAGGGCAACGGCACUGCCCGCCACUUCCACACAGAGGAGCGCCUGCCCGCCCCUCACCCCUACCCCAGUGCUCAGGACUGCGUGGAGGCUGCCGUCUGCCAUGUGAAGGACCUCGAGAAUGGCCAGAUGCGGGAAGUGGAGCUGGGCUGGGGGAAGGUGCUGCUGGUGAAGGACAACGGGGAGUUCCAUGCCCUGGGCCACAAGUGUCCACACUAUGGUGCACCCCUAGUGAAAGGUGUGCUGUCCCGUGGCCGGGUGCGCUGCCCCUGGCAUGGUGCCUGUUUCAACAUCAGCACUGGGGACCUAGAGGAUUUCCCUGGCUUGGAUAGUCUGCACAAGUUCCAGGUGAAGAUUGAGAAGGAGAAGGUGUACGUCCGAGCCAGCAAGCAGGCCUUGCAGCUGCAGCGAAGGACCAAGGUGAUGGCCAAGUGUAUCUCUCCAAGUGCUGGCCAUAGUGGCAGCACCAACGUGCUCAUUGUGGGCGCAGGCGCAGCUGGCUUGGUGUGUGCAGAGACCCUGCGGCAGGAGGGCUUCUCAGACAGGAUUGUCCUGUGCACACUGGACCGGCACCUCCCCUAUGACCGGCCUAAGCUCAGCAAGCCCCAUGUGAUCCGGAGCUGGCCCCAUCCUCCCUGGGCCCAGGUCCUCUGUUGCAAACUGGAACAAUGCCCCCUAGCCCCGUCUCAAGCUGGCUAUCUCCCGCAGUCCCUGGACGCCCAGCCUGAGCAGCUGGCCCUGAGGCCCAAGGAGUUCUUCCGAGCCUAUGGCAUCGAGGUGCUCACCGAGGCCCAGGUGGUCACAGUGGACGUGAGAAACAAGAAGGUCGUGUUCAAGGAUGGCUUCAAGCUGGAGUACAGCAAGCUGCUGCUGGCACCAGGGAGCAGCCCUAAGACCCUGAGCUGCAAAGGCAAAGAGGUGGAGAACGUGUUCACGAUCCGGACACCUGAGGAUGCCAAUCGCGUGGUGAGGCUGGCCCGGGGCCGAAACGCGGUGGUUGUGGGAGCCGGCUUCCUAGGGAUGGAGGUAGCCGCCUAUCUGACCGAGAAGGCCCACUCAGUGUCCGUGGUAGAGUUGGAGGAGACGCCCUUCAAGAGGUUCCUGGGGGAGCGUGUCGGUCGUGCCCUCAUGAAGAUGUUUGAGAACAACCGGGUCAAGUUCUACAUGCAGACAGAGGUGUCAGAGCUGCGGGCCCAGGAGGGAAAGCUCAAAGAGGUUGUGCUGAAGAGCAGCAAGGUGGUGCGGGCCGACGUCUGUGUGGUGGGCAUUGGUGCGGUGCCAGCCACGGGCUUCCUGAGGCAGAGCGGCAUCAGUCUGGAUUCCCGAGGCUUCAUCCCUGUGAACAAGAUGAUGCAGACCAACGUCCCAGGCGUGUUUGCGGCUGGCGAUGCUGUCACCUUCCCCCUGGCCUGGAGGAACAAUCGGAAAGUGAACAUCCCACACUGGCAGAUGGCUCAUGCCCAGGGACGCGUGGCUGCCCAGAAUAUGCUGGCGCAGGAGGCAGAGAUCAGCAUUGUGCCCUACCUGUGGACGGCCAUGUUCGGCAAGAGCCUGCGCUACGCAGGGUAUGGAGAAGGCUUCGACGACGUCAUCAUCCAGGGGGAUCUGGAGGAACUCAAGUUCGUGGCUUUUUACACCAAAGGAGAUGAGGUGAUCGCCGUGGCCAGCAUGAACUAUGAUCCCAUCGUGUCCAAGGUGGCUGAGGUGCUGGCCGCAGGCCGUGCCAUCCGGAAGCGGGAGGUGGAGCUGUUUCUGCUGCACAGCAAGACCGGCGACAUGUCCUGGCUCACUGGGAAAGGAUCCUGAGCUUGCAUGCAGCAGACUUGGGCAGGCAUGCUGGGGCACCAGGGACAGAGGCCAAGCCCUGGGGAAAGGUGCCAACCUCCAAUUUCCCAGGAUCCCCUAGGGCAGAACCUGAGCCCUCCCAGUGCUUACCACCGAUCGGCUGCCUAGCUCACUUCCUGAGAGGCCUCUGCUGCUUCCAAGAGAUGCUCACCUCCCAAGGCCUCAACUGCCAGGCAUUGCUGGCUGUCGAGGCAGGACAGGCCCUGCCUCUUCUCCCUCUAUUGCAACUGGUCCCCUGGAGGACCCUGCAACAUAUUAGACAUUAUCUUAAAAUUAAAACACACAUAUUUGCAGGUC